AUGCCAUUAGCAAUAUCAUCUAAAAAAUGGAGACAGUACAUGGAAGAAAAGGAUAAAGAAAAGGAAAACAUACUAAAAAAGCGCGAGGAAAGAAAAAGACUCAUGACAAACAAAAAAGAAGAACAGGCAAAGCGAAGGUUGGAAAUAUCUAAGAGGAAGCAAUGCAAUAAAAGAAAAGAAGCAGCGACUAGAAAAAUGACAACUAAGAAAAGCGCUGCUAAUUCAGAAUCGAAUAUAAAAAUGAAGGAAAAUAGAUUACCAACCAUUUAUUGUGCGGGAUGUAAUGACGAGUUAAUAAGUGACGUUGAAGAUGACUCUUUAAAAAACAUUGGUUGUGACAAUUGUCCGAAGUGGUUCCACUUAAAAUGUACAACAAAGAAAAAUUUCAAAUAUGACGAAGUCGCUAAGGAAGAUUUUGUUUGCCAUUAUUGUUUAAUUCAUAUGAUUUAA